CAGACUGAAAAUCACUUACUAAAGAAUAAAAUUAAAAGAAAACGUAUAUAAACAAGCCAAUAUUUCUGAGACUUCAUUCAAUCGCUUUUGUUUCAAGAUGACUCAAAACAUGUUACCAAGUAGCAAUGCUCAAACUCAACAAGUGCCCCAAACGUCGGUUUGGUGGGUUGAAAAAUCCCUGGAACCCCCGAGAGAAGAAGAUCAAUUGAUAUUAAUCGGCGACAAUCGAUGGGUAAGGCACGUUGACUGGCAAAGGUACCUACAGGACAAAGCUAGUGGCGUAAAAAAACCGCAGGGAACCAUAAGUCAGGCUGAACGGAGCAGCCCUUCUGCUGACGGGAGUAGUCAGCUUGAUAAGGUGUCAUCAAAUCAAAAUCAAGACCCUACCAUAGACUACUCUUGGGAUGAAGACCCUCCAAUGUUGAGCUACAAUCCACAAACUUAUGUCUCAGCAAACAAAAUUAUCCGGUGCCCCCCCGUCGAAAUUGAAGUUUAUAAGUAUAAUUUUUUAAUAAAAUAAUAGUAACUUAAUUUAUUGUUUCAUUGGGUUUUUAUAAAAAAU